UCCGUUUUGACAGCGGAGGAGCGGAGCGGAACGUCAACAAGCUUAUUAGAGCGAGAAAACGGUUAAAACGGAGAAACUCGACGAUAAAAAAACGCCCAGCAAUGCAUUUCCAUUUGACCACAGCUCUCUUGUAUAUAAAGGUAACCUGAUUAUCAGUCUCGAUAGCCUCCUAGGAGCGAAUCUUCGGCUUUCUACUAAAAACAAGGGCUUAAAUCCAGCUAUGUGCCCAAAGCUGGAGUGUACUAGCUGCUAACGUUAGCCAGCCAGCCAUCCAGCGCGGAGUCCCCGUUAAUUAACGGCUGUUAGAUUACCGUCGAGUCAACGCUAAGAAACAACAGAUUAACAGCUUCACCUGCAGAGAGAUAUGUAUUUACCUGCGGGUUAGGCAGAUAACGCAUGCUUAGGUGUGUAAACUCAUAUUUAAGCAUGCUAGGAUGUUCAAAAAUGUGUUCGGUUCAGGAUUUCUCGUAAGAACCGCUCAUGUUAUCCUGACAUGGGUUAUAACGCUCAUCCUCUUCCUGCACGACACCGAUCUCCGGAAGCAGGAGGAAACAGGGGAGCUUCUAGUGCCCAUUCUCUUCGUGCUCCUGGUCCUGAUCUCUGUGCUGCUGUACUUCGCAGUGUCGCUUAUGGACCCUGGUUUUGUCCUUUCCGAUGACUGUGACCUGCAGUUCACUCUUGGCCUCACUGAAGAGCAACAGGACAUGAUCCCCCAGACCAAGACACUCCGUCUACGGCGCUGUGGCCAUUGCCUGUUGCAGCAACCAAUGAGAUCCAAACACUGCCAGACUUGUCAGCAUUGUGUGCGUCGAUAUGACCAUCACUGCCCCUGGAUAGAGAACUGUGUUGGGGAGAGGAACCAUCGCUGGUUUGUCCUUUACCUGGCUGUCCAGCUCAUAGUCCUGCUAUGGGCGCUCCACAUGGCCUGGUCAGGCUUCAGUCAUGCUCCUACAUGGCAGGUGUGGCUGAAAGCUAACGGUGUGCUGCUGGCUACGGCUGCCGUGGUGGCGGUUCUCUGUCUAACGGUGCUGCUCCUUCUGGGCUCCCACCUCUACCUGGUGUCCCUCAACACCACCACGUGGGAGUUCAUGUCCCGCCACCGCAUCUCCUACCUCAAACACUGCGGCGCAGACGAGAACCCCUUCGACCGUGGAGCGUUACGGAACCUCUGGGGCUUCUUCUGCGUUUGGGGGACAGUGGUAUGGGAGCAGGUGUACUUCAGGCAAGACUCUGAUCCCAUUUAAAUGAGUGUCCCCCAGUCAGAUUUUAAACAUUCAGUGGUAAGUCAAUCAAGUAAGUGAAAGUGUUACACCUUUGAUGGAAUUCCAGUUUGACUGCAGUGACAUCCCUUUUACUGAGCCAUUCUUUCUUAAGUGAUUCUUAAAUGCAUGGACAUUGUUGUUAGAGUUCUUUAUGAUCAGUUUUACAAAGUCUGAUUUCCUGAAGAGGUUUGUAAUGACAAUUUUUUACAUGUUUUCUGCGAACAGAUGUAUAGAAAACCCUUAUCAAGUUGCAGUGCUUAUUUUGCACAUUUUAAAUGUUAUGGGCAACAAAAGUUCAGGAUUAUGAUCAUUUUAACUAAUAGAUAAAUUCAGGAACAGUUCUGAAAGUUCAAGCUGAAUUGUUUUUUUUUUCUACAUCUGUCAGUUGUAACUUAAAUAUUUAAGCCUGUUUUCUUCAGAUACAGAUAAAGCCUGGACUUGGAUUAAGCUACAAGGUCAGUAGGGAUUAAAUAUUGAGAGUAAUAAUAUUACUAAUAUUACUACUACAGUUCUAUAAGCUUGCCUUCUUUAGUAAUUGGAAAUCCUAACACAUUUUCCUUCCAUGGAUGGCAUAUAAGGGAGGGUCUCUGAACCAACGAAGUGUUUUUUCACUUGAUCAUAAGUGGGGGGGGUUGUACAAGAGGGAGGUGAGACGUGAUAUUCUUGCUUAAUAUUGUCAUGUUGACACUUUCAAAAAUCAGAAGAAAAAAAAAAUGAGAAUUUUGUCUUUAAAAGAUCAUGAAUUAUUUAUGAUGGGCACAAGCUAACAAAAAAAGGAAGGUUCGUUGGGAUAUCAGGUUGACUUUAAAGUCUCUCAAUGCCUCAAAGAGGCUUCUGUAAAGUACAGAUGGUGAAGAGCACUAAAUCACUUUAACAUAGCAUAAAAUGACGGGGUCCAAAAGAAAAAAGAAAUUUGCUAAUGUGUGAAGCAACGGCUUUUUACAGCAUCAGGAUAUUUCUUUGUACUUUUUUUUAGACACCAGUUCCUCCAAGCAGGGUAGUUAUCAGUGUGCUAGUUAAAGGUUUUAUACUCUCUCUUUUGAUUGGAUAUUUUAUACAUCAGUGUUUUACUUCCAUUGCCCUUUGUCAAGUGACUCCCACAAAAUAUAUAAAGAUCGUAAAGUAUUAACGAUUCAAUAAACUAAACAUUGGGGAAAAGAAUAAACAAACCUAAGUACCUGUUUUGUAUAAACUUGGCCUUUUCCUUUUCAUACUACAUAUCAAUACUAAAUAAAAAAAAAAAAAAAUCAAUCUGAGUGCAUGUAUGAGUAUUUUGACUGUUGUUUUUUUAACCUCAUUUCGUACUAUAGGAAUGUUUGUUAAAUGAGUGCAAUACAGUCUGUACUGUGUGAUCCCUUCUAGAUAAAAUGAUUAGAAUGUCUUAUGUGCAAUAUAAAAAUAUUCACAAAAGAAUAAGCAAUAAUUGUUUAAUAUUACUGAAAAUCGCUUCCAUUGACUUUUUGCACUUCAGCGUUUUUUUUUUUUUCAUGUCUCAGUGUUUGUACUGAACUCUAAUAGACUUCUGCCGCUUUGAUCAAAAGUUAUUUAUGCAAUGUUUUAGUGACAUGCAAUGAUGUAUUGAUUCUGAAAGGAUUAACCUGCAAUGUCAGUAUUCAAUAAACUGAACAAAACAUGGU